AUGACCAUCGCCUUACUUGUUUCCCUGUUCUUGCGCAACUCAAAUCGCAUUCAGAAAGCCAUUGAGAUAUGCAGGGAAUGUUUGAUUUUGCUAAAUAGCACCGAUCAAAACAGCAAAGACAUCUUUAUAGUUGUUUUCAGCAACAUGCUGUUUAUCUUAUACAUAAAGUCUGGAAUUAUGCUUAAAACACUUGGCGAAAACCUAAAGGCGAAGGAAUAUUUUGAGAGGGCCCUUGCUAUAGCUACCGAAAUUGGCGACAGAAGAGGAGAAGCAUCAUCUUAUGGAAACCUAGGUACUGUGUUUUUGUCGCUCGGACAAUACGCCAAGGCUAGAGAGUAUCUCCAAAAGGCGCUUCUCAUCAGAACUGAAAUUGGUGACAAAGAAGGAGAGGCAACUGACUACGGAAAUUUUGGUUAUUUGUUUCAUUUGCUCGGGCAAUACGACAAAGCUGAAGAGUAUCUCCAAAGAGCGCUUGUCAUCAGAACUGAAAUUGGCGACAGAAAAGGGAAAGCAUCAUGUUAUGGAAACCUAGGUACUGUGUUUCAGUCGCUCGGACAAUACACCAAGGCUAGAGAGUAUCUCCAAAAGGCGCUUGUCAUCAGAACUGAAAUUGGUGACAGAGAAGGAGAGGCAACUGACUACGGAAAUCUUGGUAAUUUGUUUCAGUCGCUCGGGCAAUACGACAAAGCUGAAGAGUAUCUCCAAAGAGCGCUUGUCAUCAAAACUGAAAUUGGCGACAGAAAUGGGAAAGCAUCAUGUUAUGGAAGCCUAGGUACUGUGUUUCAGUCGCUUGGACAAUACGCCAAGGCUAGAGAGUAUUUCCAAAAGGCGCUUGUCAUCAGAACUGAAAUUGGUGACAGAAAAGGAGAGGCAACUGACUACAGUAACCUUGGUAUUGUGUUUAUGUCGCUCGGCCAAUACGACAAGGCUCAAGAGUAUCUCCAAAAGGCGCUUGUCAUCAAAACUGAAAUUGGCGACAGAAAAGGGAAAGCAACAUGCUAUGGAAACCUAAGUGUUGUGUUUCAGUUGCUCGGACAAUACGCCAAGGCUAGAGAGUAUCUCCAAAAGGCGCUUGUCAUCAAAACUGAAAUUGGCGACAGAAAAGGGAAAGCAACAUGCUAUGGAAACCUAGGUACUGUGUUUCAGUCGCUGGGACAAUACGCCAAGGCUAGAGAGUAUCUCCAAAAGGCGCUUGUCAUCAGAACUGAAAUUGGUGACAGAAAAGGAGAGGCAACUGACUACGGAAAUCUUGGUAAUUUGUUUCAGUCGCUUGGGCAAUACAACAAAGCUGAAGAGUAUCUCCAAAGAGCGCUUGUCAUCAAAGCUGAAAUUGGUGACAGAAAUGGGGAAGCAUCAUGUUAUGGAAACCUAGGUACUGUGUUUCAGUCGCUCGGGCAAUACGACAAGGCUAAAGAGUAUCUCCAAAAAGCACUCGUCAUCAGAACUGAAAUUGGUGAUAAAGAAGGGAAAGUAACAGAUCUUGCAAACUUUGGAUGUGUGUGUGGAGCUAUAGGAGAUUAUGAAGCCUCAGAAGUAUGCUUAGAGAAAGCUUUAUCGAUGUCCAGAGAUAUUGGAGAUAGAAGAGGAGAGUUCGAAAUCCUUCAACAUUACGCCAUUUUAUAUUUGUCGCAAGAUAAAAAAGAAGAAUCCCGUUCGUGUCUUUAUCUCUGCAUUGAAAAGUAUGAGGAGCUGAGAUAUUUCUUAGGCGCCAAUGAUCAGUUCAAAACAUCAUUUCUGGAGCACUCAGGAAUAUUUCCCUACAAGCUGCUUUGUAGUUUGCUUUGUGACACCGGAAAUGCUCGGGAUGCUCUUUAUGUUGAGGAGUUGGGUCGAGCUAGAGGCCUAUCAGACUUAAUGGUAGAGAAGUACUCGGUUGGAACGCACAUCUCUGCUAAUCCGCAAUCUUGGUUUGGCCUUGAGAACAUUUUUAAAAAGAAAAAUAACUGUAGUUGUCUGUACAUUUCGUAUUUUCACAGUGAUCUGCGUUUGUGGAUCUUAAAGAAAAGUGGAGUCCUUCACUAUAGAAGAAUAUCAGUAGAAGAGAAUCUAGUUCAGGCUGGGUUGCCCAAAGAUUUGCGUUUGAGUAAAUUUUUGGAUGGUAAUUUCCGGAGUCUUGGUAUUUUGCCCACUAAAGAUUGUGAAGAUCGGUCUUUAAAUAUGGUUAAAUUGCAACCUCUCUCCCCCGCACAGAAGAGCUCAGCAAGAUUGCGACUCGUGGAGGAGGACGAGGACGAGGAUGAGGACGAGAAAGUGAUUUCAGCUCUAUUUUUGUGUUACAAAAUGUUUAUUGCUCCCGUUUAUGAUUUGCUUGAGGAGCCUGAAGUCAUUAUCGUUCCUGACCGCAGUUUGUACAAAGUUCCCUUUGCUGCACUGAGUGAAAAGGAGGGAGCCCAAUACCUCUCGGAGACUCAUAGAAUCCGUGUCAUUCCUUCUUUGACAACACUCAAGAUUAUUGAAGAUAGCCCAGAGGACUAUCACAGCAACACUGGUGCCUUGAUAAUAGGCAACCCUAAGGUUAAUUGGCUGCCACCAUUGCCAAGUGCAAGAAAGGAAGCGGAGAUGGUCGGACGACUGGUGGGUGUUCUGCCUCUGGUAGGAGAAGAAGCAACAACGAAGCAGGCGGUGCUUGAGCGGAUAAGUUCAGUGAGCCUGAUUCAUUUUGCUGCCCAUGGUGACGCCGAAAGGGGAGAAAUUGCCCUCUCCCCAUCCCUAGUACUUCCAACAGGCGAAACGCUAUCUUACCACAUGAAGAUUACAUGUUGA